AUGACGUCCUACCCGAAGAAGAAGUGCGGUGUUCUCGGCGCCACUGGCUCUGUGGGUCAAAGAUUCAUUCUUUUGCUCGCCGAUCACCCCUUCCUAGAGCUCCACGCCAUCGGCGCAUCGAGUCGCUCCGCCGGAAAGCAGUACAAGGAUGCCGUGAAAUGGAAGCAGACUACUGCUAUGUCCGAGAAGCUCAGCGGUCUUGUGCUUCGAGACUGCAAGGCGGAUAAGUUCAGUGACUGCGACCUUGUGUUCUCCGGAUUGAACAGCGACAUUGCGGGUGAAGUUGAGAUGGAAUUCAUCAAGGCCGAAAUUCCCGUCUUCUCGAACGCCAAGAACUAUCGCAAGGACCCUAUCGUCCCUCUCGUUGUCCCUACCGUCAACCCUCAACAUUUGGAUCUGAUUCCUCACCAGCGGAAGCACUUCGGCUUGAAGAAGGGAUUCCUGGUUUGCAACUCGAACUGUGCCGUUAUUGGUGUUGUCAUUCCGUUCGCAGCCCUCCAAGCCAAGUUCGGCGAGGUCGAGGAAGUCGAGGUUUUCACGGAACAGGCUUUGUCUGGGGCUGGAUACCCUGGAGUUCCCAGCAUGGAUAUCAUCGACAACGUCAUCCCCUUCAUCAGCGGCGAGGAAGACAAACUGGAAAACGAGGCCCAGAAGAUCCUGGGAUCUUUGAACGGGGACGCUACCGCUUUCAACGAACAAGCUGGCCUUAGAAUCGGAGCUACGUGUACCCGUGUGGGAGUUACGGAUGGCCAUAUGGCCUUUGUUUCAUUGCGAUUCAAGAACCGCCCCGGCCCUAGCGCCGAACAAGUCGUCCAAGCGAUGAGAGAAUAUCAGUCCGAGGCACAGAAGCUGGGCUGCCCUUCGGCACCCAAGGAGGCGAUCAAGGUGUUUGACGAGGCCGAUCGGCCUCAGCCUAGACUCGACCGAGACAUCUCCGGUGGAUAUACCGUCAGCGUGGGGCGGGUACGUGAAGGCGCGCAGGGUGGUUACUUUGACCUCAGAUUCGCGGCCCUCUCGCACAACACUGUUAUUGGCGCUGCUGGAUCCUCGAUCCUCAACGCUGAGGUCGCUGUGAUCAAGGGCUACAUCUAA